AAUUGCUCGACAUUUGAGGCAACACAAUGAAAGACACAGCAAUCCUGAUCACGCUGGCGCUUGUCUGCCUGGCGGGACACGCGGCAGGCAACUCCAUACUCACCUGCCACAGCUGCGAGGGCGCUCAGUGCCAGCGUAGUUCGCUCCACAAGGAGCAGAAGUGCGUCGAUUCCCUGGACUACUGUGUGACCGUCUUCGCUGAAGCUGAGGUGCUGUUCAAGGGCUGUUCCCUGGAGAUCCCCAAUGCGUUGCGUGCACGCAGCCCCGAUUCCCACUCCAUCCACAAGUGCAACACAGAUCGCUGCAACACUGUGGGCUCGGCAAAGCAUGCCUGCAUCCAGUGCGACUCCAGCAAGGACUCCAAUUGUGAUCAGAAUGCCGCCGCCUUGGAGGCUGCACGCUGUGCCGCUCCCACUGCCCCCAACUCUUACUGCUAUGUAAAGACAUCGGGCAGCACGACCCUGCGCGGCUGUGCCACCACGGAGUCCGAUCAGCAGAGCUGCCUGGGAGACGCCAACUGCCUGCUGUGCUCCCCGGGUGACAUUUGGAACUGCAAUGCCGUCAAUAUUUCCGCCACUACGACCCUCGGCAAUCGUUUCACUCGCUUUCUAAGAUAAUUUCUUGAUUGAAUAUGAUCUUUU